AUGCAACGCGACCAGCUGACCCAGAGGAGGAUUUUCGACGAGAGAAAACCGACGUUGCCGACAUUCUUGUAAUGGCUAAUCAUUGUAUGGCAAAGGAAAGACUCCAAAAAUUACAUACAGAAAGUUUCGAUGGACGGCGACUGCGGGUUUUUCAGAAUGAGGACAUGAAAAUAUUAAGAGCAAAUGUGGAUUUGUCCUGGCUUGCGCAUUCCGACUUUUAUCACUGAUUAGUGUUGUAGAUCUACUCUGUUUUUUCGUAAAUGAAAGGUGAACAAGUAUAACAUAAUCUGCAGAAACCUCAGCUUCCUGAAGAAAACUGAAGUAUAUCUAGGUAUUUUUGAAAAAAAAAACUAUCAAGAAUUACGCACCAACUUAAUAUGUUUCUAAUGUAUAUAAAACUUUCUAAGUUCAAAUUCCCGUCAGUUUUGGUUAAAAUGAAUACUCGGGUGAUUGAGAAAAGGAAUGGUCAGAGCAGAAAUAGCUUUUCAAAAAAGUUUUCGAUUUGCAUGAAUAGUAAGUUUCGUUUCUCUUCUAUCAGCAAUCAUUUUUUCUCUGAAACUUUUGAUUAUUUUCGCUUUUCGGAUGAUUUGAAAAUAAAAUUGCUUGAUUCAUAAUUACUGGAAAUGCUGUGGUCCCCCACUCACAGUGUUAAUAUGAAAUCAAAAAUAAAAGGAAAAAUUUCAACACAAGUAAAAAAUAAGCGCUUCUCAGAAAUGAUUUGGUCAACUGCAUCAAGGUCCCUUCCACUUCGUUCAAUAAGGAUAGGACCACCUGGAAAAUUUUGACUUUCAUUGGUGGUUUUUGGUCAAUUUCUCUUUUUGAUGAGUGGUUUUUUUGUUUUACGGUUUUCCUUCCAUAUAUUCCAGGUUUAAACAUUCAUCGAAAAUAGGGAAAAAAGACUUUUUUUGAGUUUGCAUCAAAAUAUUCAAGCGAAUGAUUUUUUACAGUACUUUGAAUGAACUUAUCUUAUUGAUAGAGACAUUUUAACAUUUAAAAGAAAAACAAAAAAAGUUUGAAAAGCAUUCUUUUAAAAGUUAGAAAACCAGUUACAAGAUGGUGUAUCAUGACCGAAUUUCAGACUGUCGUCGUUUUCGACCGUUUUUCUUUUUGCAUGUAGUCAAAAAAAAGACACUUAGUUGGAUUGGGUAAGAAUUGGCGAUCCUCGAAAAUCAAAGGAAAAAACACCCUUCCGACUGCUACUCGAACUUUUUGAGGUACAUAUAAAUAAAUCAUAUAAAAAGUUCUAAUUCUAGUAGAAAUUGUUUUAUUGCACGUUUUUAUGCUUUAUAUUGUUGACAAAACUAAAAACCCGCCAAACGCUCUAUUUGAAACAAAACCUUCGAUGAGCGUGGGUACCAUUUUCUCUACAUUUUCUCAAGCUCAUAGCACCUUUGAGAAUUUUCAAAAAAGAAAAAGUUGAACUGCCAGUCGGCUUUAUACAGAAAGAAAAACGGUCGAAAACGACGACAGUCUGAAAUUUGGUCACGAUACAACGUCUUGCAACUGGUUUUCUAACUUUUAAGCGAAUGUUUUCAAGCUUCUUUUUGUUUUUCUGAAUGUUAAAAUGUCUCUUUUAAUAGGAUAAGUUCAUUCAAAGUACUGGAAAAAAUCAUUCGCUCGAAUAUUUUGAUGCAAACUCAAAAAAAGUGUACUCUGAAUCGAAUGGCACUCUCAGAUUUUUGAUAUCUUUCCGUAUUUUGCCAAAAAGUCCAAAAUCGAGGGGGGUCCUAUCCUUAUUGAACGCGGUGUAUAAUACGAAAUAAUCCAUAUUCUUAAUUGCUCAUUAAUCGCUUCAAUUUAACUAUUGAUAUAUUACUGAUUUUGAAGAAAACAAAUCGGAAUAAAAACUUUUUUUUUUACUGUUUUCAUGGUAGUUCGCCUGGCAGUGUUUGUAGUUCGAGAGAGUCUAACUGGAAAAUUUUCCCCCAGUACUAAGGCCAAGCGAAACAAAACAGAUAUCCAAUUUUUUAGGCCAAGCGAAUAUAAAAUUUUGAGCUGAAUAGGAUUUGAGGCACCUGAACUACUUUUUAUUGCUAAUAUAUACAUAAAUUUUUCGAAAUGACUUUGACCGGAAAUGACAGCAUUUGAGCAUUAAAAAUUUUGCACUCAGGAAGUUGAGACAUAGUCGACUCAGAUGUGGAAAACCAUAAAUACCAAUUUCUUCACGAUUUUUCAAAUUUUCUGUCAUCCCGGACCAAUAGAAAGGGUCAAAAACCAUCCUCAUACCGAAGAAAGGCGAUCUGACCAAUCUGAAUAACUUCCGAACAAUCUUACUCUUUAUUAGUCGUUUACAAGUUGUUCACGAAGGUCAUUGUCAGAAGACGGGAAAAGAAGCUCGACGACUACCAACCCAACCAACGUCCGGACAUAUCGACGCCUUGACCCGAGUCAUAGAACGACAUCGGGAGUACCACCUUCCCUGGCCAUGGCCUUUGUCGACUAUCGGAAAGCCGUCGACAGUGCCGAGAUCAACGCGGUUCUAAACCUCGCUCGUAACAGCCGGAGUAUCUUCACGUUGCAUUGA